UACACGGAAGCGGCAGACGUCUUGGGUCAACGCAGCCUCUCUGAACGACUGAUUCCUAGUGGAAGCGACGGCAGUAAAGACUGUAUGAGAAAGUACUUGAGUUUCUACGACAAGUCGACAUGGGUGUGUCCGAAUUGGCGGAAUCUUCUGUGUUACUGGACGAAAAACUCCUCCGUUUCAUGGACCAGCUUGAGUUACUAGAGGAGAAACGAGCCACUCUCAACUCUCUCAUAGAGCAGGGAUGGUUUUCUAUGUCCAAGGCGAGAUAUUCGAUGGGAAACAAAUGCGUCUCUCUACUUCAGUAUGCGAGUGAGAUAGAGCCACUGGUCUGUGUUCAUGCCAAAACUCUGGGCAGUGGUGAGGUGGAUUUCUGCACAGAAAGGGUGAAACAAAAGUGUUGUAAUGAGGUUGGAAAAGAUAACGGGUCAAUAGAGGAUAUUGGACCUCAAGAAGAAGGUGUCAGGAGAAGAAUCAAACCUAAAAAGGAUAUGACGGAGAAAGAGACGAGUGAGGAAACAAGCAGUGAGAAGGCUCCUGAAGUAAGAAAAAUCGACCAGAAUCCUCAGCAAGAUCCACUGAAAUGGUUUGGGAUUUUGGUGCCACAAUCUCUCAAACAUGCACAGUCGUCAUUUAAGCAAGUUAUAGAGCUGUCAGCUGAGAUUGCAACCCUGCAGACUGCCGUUUUGAACACCCGACAGGAGCUGAAGCACAGCAUGAAGGACAAACACAUUCUCCUGGAGGAAGCUUCAGCAACCCAGUUGGACAGGGUGGCAGACUAAAUAACUCGUACUCUCUAAUGCUUAAGGGCCAAUUUUAUUCAACAGCGAUCUUCCCGGUGAAUUCUGAAGUGGAGAUUUCAGUGGAUUCUGUAAUGACUCGAUGUGUAAAUAGUGAUAGAUUAUGUUUGAUCCUGUGCGCUUUGACCAUCUCACUCAUCAAUGUGUGACCUGUUUGAGCUGGAUCUGUUUGUAAAUGCUGUAUUUUAGUAUUUAUUUUAAAUACAUUUUGAGUUGUAGACUGUCAAAUCAAUUUAUGAAUUUAAACAGAACCUGUUUGAUUAUUUUCAAUGAAUGGCACCCUUUAUAAUAGGAUUUAUGAAUUGCAAUUAUUAGAUUUAUUAAUUAAUAAUUUACUAAUACUAGAGCUCAAUUUUGAGAAAUUAAUAAGAACCAAUUGUUGGUUGCCAGAUUGUGAAAUAUCCUUUGAAUGGUGUUAAAUAUAUAUACAGUAUAUUUAAUUUGAUAGUAAUGCAGUGACACAUUUUUGGUAAUCCAUUAAUGAAUCCUAAAUAACGUGUUAAUAAAUAUACUGUGGUCCAGAUCAGCCGUUUCCCAGAAAACAUAUUUAUCAGCAUAACAAUAAUUUCAAUAAUUAAUCAAUAUAUUAUUAAAAGUUAGUUUGUUUCUGCCUGUUGAUUGUAUUCCUCUCUAUUUGUUCUUAUUGUUUGUGUUUUAUUGCGUUUUAUUCACAUUGUUUUAUUAUUGAAUAGUGCUGCAGAAUCAAUUAAAUUGUUCAUCACUGA